AACAUAUUUCAUACAAAAUAAAACAAAAGAAGCGAAAAAGAUCUUAAAUUAAAAUCAAUUUCAACUGACACUAUGGCAGGUAAAGACAAUAAAUCAGAAGAGCUUAAUAAGAAAAAACAAGAGAAUCCGUCAGAAGAGAAGUCGGGAGAUCCCAAAGAAACUAAUGAUGGUGAAGGUGACACUGAUAAAGAUGUGAAAGACAAAGAUGAUGAUGAUAACCAAAAUGAUGAAAAGGCCAAUGAUAAUGAUAAAGAUGGUGCACCAAAAGACGAGGAUGGAGACACUAAAACCCCAGAUGACAAAGAGACAAAAGACAAGGAAGAAACUAAAGAUAAAGACAAUGGCGAAGAAAAUGACAAAGACGGCAAAGAAGAAAAUGACAAAGUGAAAACCAAUGAUGAAAAUGAUGCCAAGAACGCCGAGGAAAGUCACGAAAAUCCUGAAGAAACACAGCAUGACAAUGCCAAAGAAAAUACAGGAGAAGGGGAACCAGAAAAGAAAGAAGGCACUACGGAACCAAAUGUGGAAGAAGACCCAACCGCUAAACAAGAGAAUGAGCCAACAGAAGAUGUUGAAAAACCUGUCAAAACAAAGAGCCGAUCCUCUUCUAGACAAGGUACACCAACAGAACUCCCACCACUGCGCACUGGGAGUGGAAUCGGGUCGGCAUCAGCACUGACUCAGAAAUGGGAGGUUAACGCUAAAACGCUGCGUUUUAGACCAGAAAUACAGGCGCAAUAUGGCGAUGGUUCCGAGAAAAAAUAUAUCUGUGUUGUUUGUCAAGAGCUGCUCCGAUACCCGGUGAGACUGGAGUGUGACCAUAGAUGUUGUUCGUCAUGCUUGAUGGAGUUACUUCGGUUAAAAACUGCUCAGAAAUGUCCGAUUGAUAAGACCCAACUCAACAAGGAGAAGGUGAAUGUUGACAAAACGUUUCAAGAAGCGAUGGAACGUCUUGAUGUCGUCUGCGGAAAUGCGUCUUUGGGGUGCACCUGGAAAGGAACCUACAGGGAGUACCUGACGGACCACGUUGAGGAGCAUACGCUGAUUCCUUGUCCGGAAGGCUGCAAGGCCAAAAUUGAGAGGCGCCAUCUAUCUGUCCAUUUAGAGGACUCGUGUGGAAAACGAACAGUCACGUGUGAGUUCUGUAGUUUGAAGAUGUAUUCUUCAGAGGAGGACGCACAUGCAGGUGAAUGCGGGGCUAUGAAAAUCCCGUGUCCAAAUGGUUGUGGAGUUAAAAAUAUACUCCGGAUGAAGUUGAACAAACAUAUGGAGAAGACCUGCCCAAAGCAACUGGUAGAUUGUCCAUUCAAGAGAGCUGGAUGCGACACUCGGACUCCCCUGGAGAACCUGAAUGAUCACGUGAUGGACCAGACUGAGAGUCACAUUGAGAUGCUGAAGAAUCUCCUGAACGAGCAAACCCGACUGAUAAACAUACAGGAGAACAUUCGGGAGAAGCAGGCCAAACAGGUCCAGGUGUUGCAGAUAAAGGCAAAGCAAACUACAAGCGGCGAAGGUGGCAUAUCUGCAGCUGGGGGAGGAGGAGUGGCCCACCUUAUAUGGAAGUUGGAUGAUUACGAGAAAAAACGUGAUAUGGCGAAAAAUGGCCAGCAGAAAACUCUAUUUAGUCCGUUCUUUUUCACGGGUGAAUUUGGUUACAAAAUGAUGAUGCAAGUGUGUUUGGAUGGUGAAGGCGAUUGCGUUGGGGAAUAUAUGUCUGUUUUUCUGUGUAUCUGCAAGGGAGAUUAUGAUAGCCUCCUUCCCUGGCCAUUCUCAGCACGUGUGACAUUCACAAUGUUUGAUCAAAAUCCCGAUAUAACGAAACGGAAGAACAUCGUACACUCAGUGAAACCAAACACUGGUGUUGAACAAAACAGCGUGUUUCUGGGACGUCCUAAAACGCAACGAAACGCCAGUUUUGGUAUCAUGAAGUUCUGUACUCAGUCUGCAUUGGAAGAUAAAGAAGCUUGUUAUGUUAGAGACGACGUUAUGUUUAUCAAGUGUGAACUUGAUGUCGAGGAUCUAAAAGACAUUUAGAUAAUGAGAGACGUUAAUUUGGCAUUGCCAUUGGUAAAAUACGAUUGUUCGAGAUAUUACCCUUAAAUCAUAUUCUUUAGAUAUUUUGGGUUUAAACAUAUUUUCCAAGUCGAAUAUAUCGAUUCUUUCGUUUUAGAAGUGAUUUUCAACCAUUUCACAAUGAAAAUAUAAAUCUACACAUGCUCUUGGACUGAUUGAGUUAUGAAUAUAUGUAAAUAAACGAUUUUAGUUCUUUAUACA